UGCAAUUAUAAUAGACGUAAUUACAACAUUUCCUACAUGGUAUUAACUGCGAAAUUGAAUUGUCAAAUGUUAUGACGUCAGAAGUAAGGAUCAGCUGUUACAAUGCAAGAAGUCAAUUUUGUGUUUACGCCUUUCUUUUAAGUGUAAGAAUAAAAUUUAAAAGAAAAUGUUAUCUCAGUACAUGGAAGAAUUUGAACAGGAACCUUUUGAAGUAACCGAAUUUAUUGAGCGGCUCACUUGGCGUACCAACAAUGAAGUAAACAGUGGCACUGGAGGAGGAGAUGAAUUUAAUCCAGAUGCUUUGCGUGAUACUUUCAUACAAACUAUUAAGGACUUGAAAAUACUGCAAGACAAACAACAAACGAAGUGUGAACGCUUGGAAGAUUCAUUGAAGCAGGAGCAAUUAGCGCACACAAAACAGAUAAGUAAACUACAAGAACGACAUCAGACUGCAAUUGACUGGUUUGGACAAUUAGAUGAAAAGAUAAAUUCAGUAGCUGGAAAAAUUAUUCACCUUGGUGAGCAAUUAGAAAAUGUAAAUACGCCACGUAGUCGUACUGUUGAAGCGCAAAAGUUAUUAAACUAUAUGUCUGAGUUUUUAGUCGCAGGACCUAUAGUUAAUGACAUAUUCAAUGAUCCGAAUCGCUUGUAUGAAGCAGCUGAUGUUAUACAAAAGUUAUAUGCAAUAUCACAAGAUUUGCCAACAGAAAAAUUUUUGGACUCAAAACGUAAAAUAGAAAAGAAAUAUGAUGAAGUUGAGCGAAGGUUGAUCGAAGAAUUUGCUUCAGCACAGAAAAGUGAAGACAUUGAAAAAAUGAAAAAAUUAGCACAAAUAUUAUCACAAUUUAAAGGAUAUACACAGUGUAUCGAUGCAUACAUCGAACAAAGUCAAAUGACACCAUAUGGAGGUAAAGAUAUAUUUAUUGGUAUAGUUCCUAUGUGCAAACAUCAUUACGAGAUCAUCAAAAAAGUGUUUGCAAAUCCAACACAGGUCAUGUCCAAAUUCAUACUUAAUAUAUAUCAAUUAAAAUUACAUCAGUACUCCAUUACUAAGUUGGACGAUAAAAAAGAUGAGGAGAAGUAUUUACGUACUUUGUAUGAACUUUAUUCGCGCACAUUAAAAUUAUCGGCAGACUUACAGGUUUAUAUGUCUCCCAUAGACGAUGAUCUACUUAAUAAAUUGACGCAACAGAUUUUUACAAAGCAUCUUGCCGGCUAUGCUGAAAUUGAAUCUAAAUGUCUUACAGCUAAAUGUUCCACUGAAUUGGAGAAAUUUUAUUUAAGCAAAAAGCAUCAAAAGAAACAAACAGAACGCUUCCAAGAAUUAAGAAGAGAUAUGCAGGCAUUAAUUGGCACGCGCGCAAAUAUAAACAUAGCACAGAUUGAAGAUUAUGGUGGCGAAACGUUCCUUUCUGAAGAAUUAGCUAUAAAUAUGUUGCAAGAAGCCAAGGGUUCAUUUAAACGCUGUCGAUUACUGUCAAGUGAAGCAGAAUUGGCUGGCAAUGUUAUUAAGUUAAACGAUAUAUUAUUACGUUUUUUAAUGCAUGAGCAUGUUAAUUAUGCCUUAGAGUUAGGUUUGCAGGCAAUUCCUAUCGCCGAAGGAAAAUCUUUUCCACAGAUGUAUUAUUUUGAUGUUGUGCAA